CAGCGCUUGGCAGCAAUGGCAAAGCCUCAGAGCAAGGACUCCGGGCUGAAGGAGAAGUUCAGGAACCUCCUGGGGCUGGGAACAUCCCGGGGAAGUUCAAAGUCGUCGGAGGGCAAGCAGACAGAGUUUAUCAUCACUGCAGAAAUACUCAAGGAACUGAGCAUAGAGUGUGGAUUGAGUAACAGGAUACGAGCAAUCAGUCAAAUUUGUGAAGUGGCAAAAACCAAAAAAAUUGAAGAGCACGCCGUGGAGGCCGUGUGGAAGGUGGUGGCUGACAUGCUGCAGCCGGAGCGUCCCGCCGAGGCCAGGCACGCCGUGCUCCACCUGCUCAAGUCCAUCGUGCAGGGACAGGGUGAGAGAUUAGGCAUCCUCAGAGCCCAUUUUUUUAAGGUUAUUAAGGAUUACCCCUCCAACGAAGAUUUGCAUGAACGGCUCGAGGUGUUCAAGGCUCUGACAGAGAACGGACGAUACAUCACCUACUUGGAGGAGGAGCUGGCUGAUUUUGUGCUACAGUGGAUGGAUGUUGGGUUGACUUCUGAGUUCCUCCUGGUUUUGGUGAACCUGGUGAAAUUCAACAGCUGCUAUCUGGAAGACUACGUAGCUGACAUGGUCCAUAAGAUCUGCCUCUUGUGCAUUCAGACCUCAUCAUCUAUGGACAUAGAGAUUUCCUUGCAAGUCCUGGAUGCAGUUGUUUGUUACAACUGCCUGCCCUCGGAGAACCUGCCCGUGUUCAUCAUCACCCUGUGCCGCACCAUCAACGUGAAGGAGCUCUGUGAGCCCUGCUGGAAGCUCAUGCGCAACCUCUUGGGAACUCACUUGGGACACAGUGCCAUCUACAACAUGUGCAGGAUCAUGGAGGACAGAUCCUACAUGGCAGAUGCAGCCCUGCUGAGAGGAGCUGUGUUCUUUGUUGGGAUGGCUUUGUGGGGGGCUCAUCGCCUCAAUUCCCUCAGGAACUCCCCAACUUCAGUGCUGCCUUCAUUCCUUAAGGCCAUGACCUGUCCCAACGCAGUCGUGUCCUACGAGAUCGUUCUGUCCAUCACACGCCUGAUCAAGAAAUACGGGAAGGAGCUGCAGGCUGUGACCUGGGACAUCCUCCUGGACAUCAUGGAGAGACUGCUGCAGCAGCUGCAGGUUCUGGAGAGCCAAGAGCUGAAGUCCAUUGUCCAUGAUCUUUUGACCACAGUAGAAGAACUCUGUGACCAGAAUGAUUUUCAUGGCUCUGAAGAGAGAUUUUUUGAGCUGGUGGAAAGAUGUGCUGAUCAGAGACCAGAAUCUUCUGUGUUAAACCUGAUAACAUACAGAGCUCAGUCCAUCCACCCUGCCAAAGAUGGCUGGAUUCACAACCUGCAGCUCUUAAUGGAGAGGUUCUUCAGGAAUGAGAGCCGUAGUGCUGUUAGGAUUAAAAUUCUGGAUGUGCUGUCCUUUGUGCUGAGCAUCAACAGACAGUUCUAUGAGGAAGAGCUGAUAAACCUGGUGGUGAUCUCCCAGCUGGCUCACAUCCCAGAGGAUAAAGACCAUCAGGUCAGAAAAUUGGCCACUCAGCUGCUGGUGGACCUGGCUGAAGGCUGCAACACUCAUCACUUCAACAGCCUGCUGGAUAUCAUAGAGAAGGUGGCUGCACAUUCUCUGUCAUCUCCUUCAGAACUGGAAGAGAGGGACUUGCUGUCGUACUCAGCUUCUCUGGAGGAUGUCAAGACAGCAGUUCUUGGGCUCCUGAUAAUUCUUCAGACCAAGCUGUACAGUUUGCCCUCCAGCCACGCCACGCGGGUGUACGAGAUGCUGAUCCAGCACGUCCAGCGCCACUACCACUACUCCUACAGCCUGCCUGUGGCCAGCAGCAUCAGGCUGCAGGUGUUUGAUUUCCUGCUGAUGCUCCGAGCUGACUCCCUGCACCGCCUCGGCCUUUCCAACAAGGAUGGAGCAGUGAGGUUCAGCCCCUACUGCCUGUGUGAUUUUGUAGAGGCAGAGAAAAGGACUUCUGAGAAAAAGCCCCCUGGCACCCUGUCCCCACCUUCAGGCAGCCCCAGUGUGCCUUCCCAAGGUGCCACCGUCCGGGUGGGACACCUGCCCUACUCCAUGGUCUUUGGGGUCCUCCUGCAGUGUUUGAAGCAGGAGACAGACUGGAAGGUGCUGAAGUUGGUUCUCAACAAAUUACCAGAAUCCCUGCGCUAUAAAGUGCUAUUUUUAACUUCUCCUUGCAACAUAGACCAGCUGGCCUCUGCACUGAGCUACAUGCUCACAGACAAGAAGACCACGGACAGGCUCCACGGGACCCCCGAAGGCUUUUCCCGCACGGAUUUGCACCUGGCUGUGGUCCCCGUGCUGACAGCACUGAUAUCUUACCACAAUUACCUGGACAAAGCCAAGCAGCGUGAGAUCGUGUACUGCCUGGAGCACGGGCUCAUCUACCGCUGUGCCAACCAGUGCGUGGUGGCACUGUCGGUCUGCAGCGUGGAGAUGCCCGACAUCAUCAUCAAGGCACUGCCCGUCCUCAUCGUCAAACUCACCCACAUUUCUGCCACGGCCAACAUGGCAAUCCCUCUGCUGGAGUUUCUGUCGACUCUGGCCAGGCUGCCUCACCUGUACCGGAACUUCGCGGCAGAGCAGUACGCCAGCGUCUUCGCCAUCUCCCUGCCCUACACAAACCCCUCCAAGUUUAACCAGUACAUCGUGUGCCUGGCCCACCACGUGAUCGCCAUGUGGUUCAUCCGCUGCCGCCUGCCCUUCCGCAAGGACUUUGUCCCCUACAUCACCAAGGGCCUGCGCUCCAACGUGCUGCUGUCCUUUGAUGACACCCCAGAGAAGGACAGCUUCAGGGCUCGCAGCACCAGCCUCAAUGAGAGGCCAAAGAGUUUAAGACUAGCCAAAAAUGCAAAGCAAGGCUUGAAUAACUCUCCUCCAGUGAAAGAGCUGAAAGAACCCUCUGCAGUUGAUGCCUUCCGGUCCCGCAGCAUCAGUGUGUCUGAACAUGUGGUCCGCAGCCGCAUCCAGACGUCCAUCACCAGCUCGAGCCUGGGCUCUGCAGAUGAGAACUCCAUGGCUCAGGCUGAUGACAACUUGAAAAACCUGCACCUGGAGCUGACAGAGACCUGCCUGGACAUGAUGGCUCGAUACGUCUUCUCCAACUUCACCGCUGUGCCCAAGAGGUCUCCUGUGGGUGAGUUUCUGCUGGCUGGAGGAAGGACCAAGACGUGGCUGGUUGGUAACAAGCUGGUGACCAUCACUACAAGUGUUGGAACAGGGACAAGGUCCCUGCUUGGUCUGGACUCUGGAGAGUUCCAGAGCACCCCAGAAUCAAGCUCAGACCCUGUUUUGCAAGUGAGGCAGACCAAGGAGGCUCCAGCCAAGCUGGAAUCCCAGGCUGGGCAGCAGGUUUGCAGGAGCUCCCGCAACAGAGUCCGAUCCAUGUCGGGUGGUCAUGCCUUACGUGUUGGUGCCUUAGACAGCUCAGCCUCCCAUUUUCCCAGUGGCUCAGCUUCCCAAGGGACACAGGGCCCUGCUGCUCCUGCAGCCCGCCCAGACAAGGCCAGUCCUGCUCCACAGACAGCCCUGCAGAAGGAAAAAGCCAACUUGGCUGCCUACGUGCCACUGCUGACCCAGGGCUGGGCAGAGAUCCUGGUGCGCAGGCCCACAGGCAACACGAGCUGGCUGAUGAGCCUGGAGAACCCGCUGAGCCCCUUCUCCUCAGACAUCAACAACAUGCCCCUGCAGGAGCUCUCCAACGCCCUGAUGGCUGCAGAACGCUUCAAGGAGCACCGGGAGACAGCUCUGUACAAAUCCCUGUCCGUGCCCUCCUCCAGCCUGGCCACGGGCACGGCCAAGCCCUCGCUGCUGCAGCGCUCCAACACAGUGGCCUCUUUCUCUUCCAUGUACCAGUCCAGUUGUCAAGGGAAGUUGCACAGGAGCAUAUCCUGGGCAGAAUCCGCCGUGGUGCUGGAGGAGGGCGGCGCCGGGGACACGGAGCUCAGGGAGGCCGAGUCCCCCGCGGGAUCCCCCGAGAGCGAGGACGCGGAGACCUCCUGUUCCGAGCACGUCCUGAGCGAGGAGAGGUUUGGCAAAGGCCAGGAUUCCUACAGCAGGUCCUCCUCCACGUCCAGCCAGGAGGAGAAGUCGGAGGGCGGGAUCCCCAUCGGGCGGGAGCAGCGCGCCCUGGAGGAGCUCUCCUUCCAGCCCUCGCAGCCGCUCAGCAAGUCCAGCUCGUCCCCGGAGCUGCAGACCCUGCAGGAGGUGCUCCGGGACGCCGGCGGCCGCCAGGCGCCCCGCAGGCUCAGCACGGACGGGAAGAGCAAGUGGCAGUCGGCAGCCAUCUCCGACUCCGCCCCGUCCCGGAGGGGCAAGAGGAUCGACAGAGACGCCUUCAAGGGCCGGGCAGCAGCGUCCAACGCCGAGAAAGUGCCUGGGAUAAACCCCAGCUUUGUGUUUUUACAGUUGUACCACUCCCCCUUCUUUGGUGAUGAAAACAACAAGCCCCUCUUGUUGCCAAAUGAGACGUUUGAGAGGUCGGUGCAGCUCCUGGAUCAGAUCCCAUCCUAUGACACACACAAGAUUGCAGUGCUCUACGUUGGGGAGGGCCAGAGCAACAACGAGAUCGCCAUCCUGUCCAACGAGCACGGCUCCUAUCGCUACACCGAGUUCCUCACGGGCCUGGGCAAGCUCAUCGAGCUCAAGGACUGCCAGCCAGAUAAGAUCUACCUGGGUGGCCUGGAUGUGUGUGGGGAGGAUGGGCAGUUCACCUACUGCUGGCACGAUGACAUCAUGCAAGCCAUUUUCCACAUUGCUACUCUGAUGCCCACGAAGGAUUUGGAUAAAUACCGCUGUGACAAGAAGAGGCACCUGGGGAAUGAUUUUGUUUCCAUCGUUUACAAUGAUUCUGGAGAGGAUUUUAAACUGGGCACAAUAAAGGGGCAGUUCAAUUUUGUGCAUGUGAUCAUCACCCCCCUGGACUAUGACUGUAACCUGGUGACGCUGCAGUGUCGGAAAGACAUGGAGGGUCUGGUGGACACGAGCGUUGCCAAGAUCAUCUCUGACAAGAACCUGCCCUUCGUGGCCCGUCAGAUGGCCCUGCAUGCCAACAUGGCUUCCCAGGUGCACCACAGCAGGUCCAACCCCACGGACACCUACCCCUCCAAAUGGAUCGCCAGGCUGCGCCACAUCAAGAGGCUGCGGCACCGGCUCCGUGAAGAGACCCAGUACCAGAGCCCUGGCCUUCCCCUGCAGCUGCACCCCUCUGCCCCCACAAAAGCCCCUCCCCAGGUGGCCCAGGACCCCCCUCCCAGCUAUGAGACAGGGCAGAGGAAGAGGCUGAUCUCCUCUGUGGACGACUUCACCGAGUUCGUGUAGGGCCGGGCUCGGGGUGUCCCUGCUGGGACACUGAGGCCAUGGAGUUGUGUUCCCUGCCUGCUGCUCCCUGCACUGCAUGGACACAGGGAUGGGGAGCUGGAGCCUGCCUGCUCCUUGCAUGUGGACUUGGCACUGAACCUGCCAGGAGCUUUGGGUGCCCCUGAGGACCACACUGGAUUCCCAGCAGAAACUCCCAGAGGACCAACCUGGUUUGGUUUAUUUUGAGCUGUUUCAAAGCUGCUCUGUUGGGAGACUUCCCUGCAGAACCUUUCUUUGGACUCCUUCCACACCAGCUCCUGGUGGAAGCAGACAAAGGAUGAUAGUCUGCAGAUCCUCAGUGAAGAAGGUACAGCAAUUGUGGGAUUUUAUUGGGAAUGAAAUAUGAAGUAUUGAAAAUCCAGUUGCUAUUUCUGAGCACCCCAGAAUCCCAGCUCCUCCUUGAACCUCGGGGCUGUCAGCACUUGGACUCUUCAGGCUCUGACUCGUUCUGCUGCCAGAUCUGGAAAGAGUUAAUUUGGGUUCUCUCUGCUGCUUAAGUUCCCAAGGUUUGUUUUCAUUUUUGCCAUCUGCAGAACUUCCCCUGGCUGCAGGAAUGCUGGGGUGUCUCAUCCUUCCCCAUGCACCUGAUAAAUCCCUUUUUGACUGCUGACAAGUCUUGGGGCAUCGUCUCCCCCCAGGUUUUGCUUAUUCCCUGACAGGGAAGCUCUCAGGGGAGGCUGAAGCAGUUCAGUUGGAGCUUCCAGGGCAGGUGGACAGAGCUGGGAUUUGCAGCCCUUCCUGAGGCAAGGAGGGCACCACACACUACAGCACCCAACUGGGAGGCACCUUGUAAGCUGGACUAUACUGUGAGAACUUCAUCUCCUGCUGUGUCUGUGAGGGGGAAGCGUGGAUUUGGGAAUGGCUGCCAGGAGGGAGAUGAAGACAAGUGCAAUGUGCACAUGGGACAGUGAAGGGACAGGUGAGGGGACAGAGAGACAGCCCUCACCUGUGCAGGUGUGUGGGAACACCAAGUGUCCGUUGUGUUCGAGUGUUUGAGUCGUAAAGGAAAUAAAAUAUUUGUCUGAUCUUGA